AUGAUGAUUGCGAAUAAUGGAAGAUCUUCAUUAUUGUCACCGCGGUCAACCUUUCAAUUAUGCAUGGUUCGUAAUAUCGAUUUGGUGGAGGCAAUAAUAUUUUACGGCAAGGACAGUCUAUUCGUAGCAGAUGAUGGCAAUGAUGAAAAUGAUAGUAACCUGGAAUUGUUGUUGGCAGGAGUGGAGAAUUUGGUGGACGAAUGCAUCCGUGAUGAGACGGCCGUCUUGGCAAUUUUACCGAACGAUAAUGUUUGCAAUGAUGAUUCUUAUUUAUCCGUUAUCCCCAAAGAAAUUACGAUACACAGAGAACUUCAAACUCCUCCCAAUCCACGAGAUCUAUGGACCGCCAUUCAUUCCACACAGGUCCAACCGAAAGGAUUUGGUGGUUCUUCGGGAUUUGGUCGCAAGGCGGCGGAUCCGGAACGAUCCCCGUUGCCCAAACAUUGCGUCGUCUUGUGUCACACCGAACAUCAAUGUCGAGCCGCACGGUUUGCGGGGAUGCGAGUCCUGUGUUUGACCGAUAAUGAUUUGGCGGAUGGAAUCAUGUUGGAUGAUUGUUGGGAAUCCAUCUGCAUGGAUGAUAUUGCCACCCCAGGAUCCUUUUGGUUGAAUCCACCGCAUCCCAAAGAUGAUGAGGGAAAUGCCAUAGACAUUGACCAGGUUAUGGCUUUUUUCGAAUCAUCCUCGGGUGGAGAGGAAUCAGAGGGUUCUAAUGGUGUGCCAGGGAGCGCUUCAUCGGAAUAUGUCGCAGCAGUAUCAGAGGAGCUAGAUGACGAUCAGCUAGCUGCAAUGCUUGCGGAUAUCGACAGUCUAUAA